AUGGCAUUCUUCGACUGCAUUCUUCCCUCCGGCGCUGGUCGGGCGUUCAAUUAUAAUCGCCUAUGUUAUCAGUUGCUAUUAUUCAUAAAAGCACCGAGAGCAUCGGUUGGCGAAGCCAAUAGCCUACACGUUGGUCAAUCGGUUAACAUGAAGCUGCUGGUGAUUUGUGUGACGUCGUUAUUAAGCUUUUGCCUCGCCGUACCUCUCGAGGGAAAUCAGUGGCGGCAACGUUCGGAAGAUGAAGGCUACCAUCCAAGCUUCCCGGAGGACCGUACUGUCAGAGCUGAUACCCGAAACGCUCAACUGGAACAAACCAUCGACUACUGGCAUGCGGAAGCCAGGAAAACGGUUGCCAAACUCCUGGAUCGCAAGGAAAAUCGAAACAUCGCAAAAAACGUUAUCCUUUUCCUGGGCGAUGGAAUGUCAAUCUCAACAGUAAGCAUGUCACGAGUCUACGCUGGAGGAGAAGAGAAAGAACUGUCCUUUGAGAAGUUUCCUUACACCGGCAUGUCCAAAACGUACUGCGUAGACUACCAGGUAGCGGACUCAGCUUGCACGGCUACGGCCUAUCUUAGCGGUGUUAAAGGAAACUACGCUACUAUCGGAGUCAACGCUCAGGUUCCGAACAUGGAUUGUGUCGCGGAAUUGGACAAAAGUACGCACACCCAUUCGAUUGCCGAGUGGGCCAUGGAUGCCGGAAAAGACGCCGGACUGGUGACCACCACCCGUGUCACUCACGCUAGCCCAGCUGGUAUAUACGCACAUACGGCAAACCGUGACUGGGAAGAUGACGCAUGGAUCGAAGACGACGGAUGUGACCCAACUGUGUUGGAUGAUAUUGCAGAGCAGCUGGUGCACGGAGAAGUCGGUAAGCGUUUGAGGGUGAUUCUCGGCGGUGGACGCCGACAAUUUUUGGAUCAAACCGAACUGGACCCAGAGGAUCAAAAACCAGGUAAGCGUCGGGAUGGAAAAAAUUUAAUUCGAGAGUGGCAGGAGCUAGUGGGAUUCGGAGAAAACCGAACAUACGUUUGGACCAAGCAGGAGCUGUUUAAUGUAGAUCCAGUGCAAACGGAUCGUCUGCUAGGACUGUUCGAGUCGAAUCAUUGUGCGUUUAAUUUGGACAAGGUGCGAAACGAUAUGCAGGACGAACCGACACUGACGGAAAUGGUUGAUCGGGCGACGGAUUUACUUAGCACAAAUGAAAAUGGAUUUUUCCUGUUCGUUGAAGGGGGUCGUAUUGAUCACGCCCAUCACGAUAACUGGGGAAAGCUGGCGUUGGACGAAACGGUCGAAUUUGCAAAAGCCGUAGAGUUUGCCCGAGCCAAAUUUAGCGAAGAAGACACGCUCAUUGUUGUUACGGCCGAUCACUCGCACAGUGUCAGUUUCAGUGGUUAUCCGAACCGAGGCACGGACAUUACCAGUGCCGCAGGCACUUCAACCGAUAAGCUUCCAUAUAUGACCCUCACUUACGCAAAUGGUCUCGGGUUUUACGACCAUAUGGACGUCGAAAAUAAAGGCCGAAUGGAUAUUCGAAAGAUGGACACUUCGGCGGACUAUUUCCGCUACCCGGCGACGCUUCCAGUCGAACUGGAAACACACGGAGGAGAGGACGUUGCGGUGUACGCAUCUGGACCGUGGUCUCAUUUGUUCACCGGAUCCUACGAACAGAACGCCAUUCCACAUAUGAUGGCUUACGCUUCCUGUAUCGGCAGUGGGCUUAAGGCUUGCUCAACACGAUGA